GUUCUUUUUCAUUAAUAAUUAAAAUAAAAUAAAAAGACAAAACCCCUGUCUGUACUAACUCAAAAACCCUUUUGCUUCUUUAUAAGCAAAAACACUGAAAAGGCCCUCUUUUUUCUCAUUUUUUCAUCGUAGAUCUCUUUGGUGUUCUCCAAUGGAAUCUCUCUCAAGUUCAGUGUUCAUCUCUAAUGUAUCUGAGACACACCCUUUUCUCCACACCCACUCACUUGCCUCUUCACCUUCAUCAUCAUCGUCUUCUCCUUUUUUGAUCAAAGGGCCAAGCAAACGAAUUGAGUCUCUCAAAUUCAACGCCGAAACCUCUCACUUUCAUGGUUUUCGUCUCCACGCUCUAUCUCGCGAGGUUCCCGAUGAAGGUGAGGGCCAGCCGCAGCCUCUAACCCUCAAUGUUGGGUUUAGCUUUGUUUCUGAGGAGGAUAGUCUUUCUGUCUCUCAGAGACUUGUUGGAUGUAUCAAGUGGCUACUUCAGCUUGGUAUUGAUAGUCUCUCUUAUAUUCUGAAGGGUGAUCCAGAUCAAAAUGGAAGCAGCAAGAAGGAUGACGAUAAAUUAACAAAGGUUGAAACCUCUGUAGUAGCUCCUCAUAGUAGUGGAGCCACUGGGGGUACAAGAGCUGGGCUUUUCAGAACCCCAAUAUCUGGUGGAGUGCAGAGUGCAACUUCAGCCCAUGGAUUACCCCGACCAUCCUUAGCAGUCCGUAAUCUGAUGGAACAAGCUAGAUUUGCUCAUUUAUGCACUGUAAUGUCUCGGAUGCACCACCGACGAGAAGGGUAUCCCUUUGGCUCUCUGGUUGAUUUUGUGCCUGAUUCAAUGGGCCAUCCAAUAUUUUCAUUUUCUCCAUUGGCUAUCCAUACGCGGAAUUUAUUAGCAGACCCUAGAUGCACCCUUGUUGUGCAGAUACCUGGAUGGAGUGGCUUAUCAAAUGCAAGGGUAACGAUAUUUGGCGAUGUCUACCCUCUUCCUGAACAUCAACAGGAAUGGGCUCAUAAACAGUACAUAGCGAAACAUCAACAAGGGCCAUCACAACAGUGGGGGAAUUUCUACUACUUCAGGAUGCAGAACAUAAGUGACAUAUAUUUCAUUGGAGGAUUUGGCACUGUUGCAUGGGUCGAUGUAAUGGAAUAUGAAGCAGUUAAACCAGAUAAGAUUGCUGUUGAUGGAGGUGAACAAAACCUGAAGGAAUUAAAUGUAACCUUUUCAAAGCCUCUGAGGAAGCUGUUAUCAAAAGAAGCUGAGGUUGAUGAUGCAGCUCUUAUAUCAAUAGACAGCAAAGGAAUUGACAUCAGGGUCCGUCAAGGUGCACAGUUCAACAUACAGAGGUUAUCAUUUGAAGAAGGGCAAACUGUUGAAACGUUGGAGGAAGCCAAAGCUGCUUUGUGGAACGUAAUAAAGAAAGGUCAAGUGCAGAAUCUGAAGAAAUAGAAUAAGUUGCAUUUUACUAGAAGAAUAAAGGGCAAAUCACUCAAAUGUAAUAUCAUAGAGAAGGUUAUUUAUUAAAACAUGGAAGUUUGUAAUUUCUAACAAGGAUUCUUCCCCCCAAA